GCUCCUAUGAAGUUUCCCUGUGAGUCAAAGCCACACAAACCGGCAGCGGCAUCGUCGUAGACAUCACAAAAUGGCGGCGCCCAUGGCGUCAGAAGCCGCUAAUUAUGAUUUUACCGCGUCUAACCGUUGUUUCAUGCUGGGUGAUUUAGUUGGCGUUACGUGUGCUACGCGAAUAAAGGCCAUAAAGUACGAACAUGACGUGUUACUGUUAAGAUACGACAUCGGAAGACCACUUGUGCACUUCUACAUCGUUGACUUUCGCGACGAGCUCGUAGCUCAAGAUUCGCAUCUCAUCUUCCAGGGCGUUGUCAACUACAAACACGGAGUUAGGCGAAUAACUGCACACGGAGAUGAACUCCACGUCGCAACGGACAAAGGUCUUCUGCGUUCUCCACUGAACAGAGGUAAAGCUCCAGAUUUCCUCAGCUCAGAAGUCUGCCUGUGUCCCAUUGAGAAAACUGGUUCCGUAGCAAAAAUGCGCUACACUCCCCAUGGCUGGGAAGUGUUGGAGAACUCCGACGAUCCACCACUAUGUUGCAUUCCGGCUGCUCCUGUCUACUGCAGCAGAAAUGAGGGUCCAGUGCUGUGUUGCAUCGGCAUACUCGAGGACGAAGGAAGUCCCGAAGAGUCCGGUCUGCCACGCGCUUCCUUUGUCAGACUUUUCGGUGCAGUGCCCAGCCCCGUACUGGUACUGGGCUUACCGGAUGGAAGGGUGGCAUCACUGCCUCUUUUGCGAAAUGCAGAGCCCCGUCUCCUCUUUCGUCUGCGUCAACCCGUAGCCGCAAUCUUUGCGGCAUCUCUGGACAGCGAUACUGGGUCCAAAGUUCCUGCACUCAUAGCACUGGGUCAGGAAGGACAAGUAACGGCCAUGACGGACACGGGAGUCCUUACAGCGGAAACCGUAGCACCGUUUCACCGGGUGUCCUGGUACGAUCCGACACAACUCUUCCACGUUGCCCAGGGUCGUCUGUGGAAGACACAAUUGCGGGUACAAAGCGGCGAGCGGGAGGCCCUAGCUUCGAAAUCCCAGGUGACGCCCGUGACCGGAGUGGUCGAUGCACAACCGGUACUUUCAGGUGCCGUAGCGGUACUGACCGACAACGGUUCGCUGACUUGGUGGGACGGCGGCGAAGGGGACUGCGACCCCGCGGCACUGGUGACAACUGUGGCCACCACUGCUCAGCACCUGCAUCGAGCGAGACAGCUGCUGUCGAAGAAGCAGGCGCAGCUGCGCGCUCUCGGCAGCAGUGGGGCGUCUGUGGCCGUAUCCGCGGAACAUCAAGAUCAGCGUGGUGCUCCCGUGGCUGUGAAAUUCAAGAACGUGCCAAAGUGCGGGUGGCACUGUUGCGUGACGAUACGAAGCGACGGUGGAAGGAUCACGUCACACUGUCUGCCAGCGCAUGAUGAUGACAUCACACUGUGGUUCCCCAAACCAGACUGCAAUUACCUGGAAGUACGUCCCUGGCUUCUAGUGGCCCCCGAAGCUCCCCUCGCGUUACCCAGGCUACCCGUCGUGCCCCGACUGCGCAGGACGGGCACCAAAUUGGCACCAGCUUUCAUGCUUACGUCGACUGCGGCAUCGUACUUAGCUGGCACGCCGGAGGACCUGCAGGCUUGGCUGGACAAAGCACUGCACCUAGACGCGCGUCCACAAGUGGUACUGGUAGGACCCGUGGACUCUACGCUGGUCCCCGUGAGCUUAGAUUCCGGUGACCGUCGGACGCGUGCGGCAUUGCACUGCGCUGUGGCACGCUGCUUCCUGGACGUUUUGAAGCACUCUGCUAUUCCAGAGACACAACGCUUUCAAGUGCUGCCUAGGUGCGCAGAGGCCUUGGAGACGCUGCAACGACAACUAAAGAACGAAAACUGUCUCGUUGCGUACCACAGCUGGCGAUCAGCAAUGGCUUCCUUGGUCCUCACCUAAGACGCCGGCAGGACCAGCUUCUCGAGGUGGACGGACUUGACUGGAAGAUGCUCGCUCAGCGCCGCCGGAUUGGUCAGCACACUGACUGGAACCUGCGCAGAACAGCAGCUGCAUUGCGUGGCUCGCAUCACAAUACCGUGCGCUAUAGCAUUGCAGUGGUUGUUGGUACCAAGGGCUGUUCUUGUCCAAUGUCCAAAUAUCUAUGUAAACCUCAAGCAUUGAGCCUUAAGCGCGGACCCCAUAACAAAAACCCAAACCCCAAAACAUGUUUAUGUUUGUCUGUAUGCAUUCCUGUUUGUCGGUCCAGGUACCUCGUCAGGCUCCGCCUUUUGUACCUGGACCUCAUUUCUGUAUUUUUGGAAAUGAAAUAAAUAGA